AUGGCCAAGAAAUUAUUGAACUCAUGGCAGUUGGCAAAUAAAACUCGCUCGUCUACCAUAACACCACCGUCGGUCACUAGUCUCGAACACAUCCAACAAAACCCACCACCCAGAAAAAAUGGGUUGUCGAGGCACUUCACACCAGCAAUAACCAGAGAGGAACGCUUGAAGGACUUCGACCACGAGAUGGAGGAGAUGGAAGAGUUAGACCCGCCUCCGGGGGCCGCGAACAAUCGUGCCUCCAGUCUACGUAGAGGGUUGGAGGCGCUUAGCCUGGACGACAAUUCCGGUGGGGAAGAGAAUCCGGAUCCCCUUUCUCCUCCACCCUACAGACAGGUAGCACCUCCUAUGUACGAAAGUGACGAUCAGGAGCAGGAACCCAGUGCUGCAGAAUCGUCCCCCGCUGGAUCCGCCCACCACGAAGACCCCGUCAACCGUCUACACCCCGCCUACGCCGCCCCAUGGAUCGACAGCCACAGUUUCUGCGGCGGACCAGGAACAUGCGACCAGUGCGGUCAUGACCACAGCGCCUACGAGCUCAUGCACUCGCAGCUCACUCGUGUGCAGCAGGAAUACAGCGGCCGCGAUCCCACUACUCUUCCGCCGAGGUACAUACCUGGUGCGUGCGAGAGGUGCCUAGAGACGAGAGUACCUGGACGCCGCGCCUGCGUGUUCCAUAUCUUUGAGAACUACUUCAGGGCAACACACCGCCUGGAUGUUGAUGGAACUGCAGCUCCUCCGCUGCCGAGUCUCUGUGUCUAUUGUCUUCGUCUGCUGGCCUCCGGUGAAGAGAAAACCUGUUAUGACUGCCAUGACAAGCUCCACCUAGUUGCUUAUCGCACUAUGAUGGAAGAGACGGGUGGAUACCGUGAGGAGCACUUUGAGGGGGAUUUAAAGCAUGAACCUGAGGAGAAUAUUGAGGAGGAGGUGUUUGUUCCUGUUAGGAUCUUUCUCUAG